AAUACUUAGCCUGAUAAUUCACCAAAUAACAUUGUAUACACUCGCUGGUUAAACGAGAUAAUGUAUUUGAUUGGGAAAAUACCGAAAUUGAAGCUUGUCAAAACUUGGAUCAUUGCACAACUGUUUUAUUGGUAAACUAUCACAUGUGUUUAUCUAUCCAGGCUGAUAAUAAAUACGCAAAGGACUACUGUUUUAAAGGAGUCAAGGGAACGUACCAAGAACAAUACCUCUGUGGAAUAAGCAGCUAGCUUUGUUUGCUGGGAACGUCUAUAGUACAUUGAGGUGCAAUGGAUGAAAACGACGUUGAUAGAUCGUCACAACGCGCCAAUCUCAUUGAACAACGAAUGUUUGAAAUUACAUUGUCGUCAAUUGAAACUCUGAAACAUGCAACGGCUAUUGAGCUUCAUAAAUCUCAAAACGAAAUGAAGAAGCGGCUUAGAAAAUACAGGGACAGACAGCGGGAGAUAGUCCGAAAUCGGUCGGAUGUCGACACCGACCCGAUAGAGGUACUAAUGACCCGACAAAUGAAGAAUAAGGCGAAGGCAAAAAUGAAAAGUCGCCCAAAGACCUGCGCGGGACAAGGCAGAACAGGGUCCGUUUCUCCAAGAAGCAAAAGUGUGACCCCACGUGUGCCAAAAUCUGUGAGCAGCAGGAUGUCCUCUCAUGAGAAGGGUAACCAACUGAGACUGUUCUGCGACUCUUCCAGCGAAAAUGAAUCUGACGAUUCCAAUUCCGACGUAGAGUUGGACGGAUCGUUCAUGAUUGACCAACAAAAGUCAAAAAUAGAUCUGAGGCCGAAAACCGCCAUAGACAUCUCCCGGCGUGGCGUCUCGCUGGAACAGUUUGUGAACAAUGGGCGCCUGGGACCGGCAGUGAGGCAGGUCAGGUACUUUGACGAGGAUGAGUUGAAGGACCGUGGUAGCUUUUACAGGCACCUGGUCGAUAAGAGGAUACAGGAGGAGAACAACAAAUUAAACAACUUGGACGAUGCUGUUGCCAAGUUUUGUGGGAGUGAAACAAUUCAAACUAUGACAAAGAAAAUGCAAUCGAAGAGAAACUUCUUUAUGAGUAAUCAAGAAUGGGCAAACAAUGUGAGUUCAAAAAAGAAAUCGCAGGGAGGAGGUGAUAUAAAGGGUGGAAGUCAGCUCGGACGAAUGGAUGGCACUAUACAAAAGGGCUCGCUUCGGCCUAAUACGUCAGCUGGAUUCCACAAACCAAUGCGUUCCAAUAUAAAAUCCUUUAAGCGACCUUCUUAUAUUGCAACCUAAUGUAGGAGUUAUUAUGUCAAUCUAUUUAUAAAAAGAGAUCUUUUUGUUGAUAGAAAUGUUCUGUUUUGCUAUUAUAUUAACACUUAUAAUUGUAUAUUAAAUUUUGUAUUCUUUAUAUUUACUUUCAUAUAUGUUCUAAUAAUCCAGUCAAUGAACGCUACAUUUGUAUACAUGCACCAAAAAGCAGCCUCGUCAUUUUUAAUGAGAACCCCAUCUGAACCUAAGCCCUGUUUUUAUCACCUAUUGGCAAAAAGUAUCCAGAAAGUACCAAAAAACAUCCUUUAAUACGUUGCAUAUGUGUAAUGCAAACUUUUUUCACGAUCGUAUGUAUAGGUUUGUAAAAAGUGUAACUACUCCAUUAAAAACGUUUUAUUA